AGUUUGGGUUGGGCGUGGCUUCCGUAAAAAGCACGAGGCUGAUAUAAAAACACAGCUCAAACUUUUGAUCGAAGAAAAUGUACGAGUGAUGGAAGACAAAUGUGAACCACGGCGUUUGUCGGAUUUAAUCUCUCUGGACAAAAGGUUUUGUUUUUGAGCAGGUGGAGGAUAUAUUCUCUUAAUUUUUUCUGAUAUUAAAGAUUUUUUCCCAAGUUCUCAUUCCCCGUAUGAGCACCAGUUGACAGCAUGGGUUUACUAUUCCUUUUUGCUGUCCUCCAUGUGGUCACGGUCGGUUUGGUGAGUGCUUUCAAUCUUAUUAUCCGUCUCUGCUUCAUGUAAUCACAUGUGGAAUAACGUCUCGUGUGCCUGUGCUCAAUAGCAACAGAGAGCUCGUGCGGAUUUGAGCUGCUGUCGUCUGUUUACAUUACAGGCUAAUCUCCAUCCAUCACCUCGGUGUGUGCAGUGUUACUAUAUAUUGAUGGUUUGGGACAGAAGCUUUCAGUAGCUGUUGCCUCUAGAUUUACUGUCUUUUCUAUGACUAAACUAUGGCUUGUAAUUUUUAAGAACUUCGUGUAUUUGUUGCUGGUUACCCAAACUGUGGUUCGGGGACCCCCAGAGGGUCCUUUGAGAAUAUUUUUAGUGGUCACAAUGCACAGUAGCAUCUUGUAGUAAGAGAUAAACCCUUAACUUUACAUGCAUCAAUCAAUCAAUUAAUUAUCAAUUAAUCAAUCAGUCAGUCAGUCAGUCAGUCAGUCAGUCAGUUAACGACUUCAUUUAUAUAGCCUUUUUCAUUCUAUGACAUGUAGCACAAAGUGCUUUAGAUAAACAAAUAAUCAUUAAAAUCAAUCAAAUCCUACGUAAAAGGUAUAUAAAAAGUAAAAGAAAACAAACAAUUAAAAAUAAAUAAAUAUAAACCGGGAUAAAAAGAAAACUAUCCAUUUGUGCCAUAAUUUUCUGAAAACUUAAAAAAAAUAUAUGUGUCUGAAUAGCCAGUAGCUGCAGUUUUAGGUCCUUAAUGCUGGCACCUCUUUCCAGAACCAUUGUGUGGCUGUAAGAAGGAAGGUUCAGUUAAGAGUAAAUGUCUUAUAUUUGAAUCAAUUACAAAACACACUAAAAUUGGAUACAGUGGACCAAUAUGGUCAUAGUAACACACUGAAAUGGUUAAAAUAGUUACGAUACACAUUAAAAAUAGUUACUACACGCACUACAAAUGGUUAAAGUAAAAUGCUAAAAAGGAUAAAAAUACACUCUUAUCAUGGAUGAAAAACACACUAAAAUACUUAUAUUAAAAUCAACUGAUUUGAAAUGUUGAAAGCAUUGUAACUGUAUUUCGGUGUCUUCUAAACCCAUGAGGGUUGGGCACUUUGUGUGUGUUACAAUUUAGUUUGCAUUGCAAGCUAAAGAUGGUAACAAAAUUUAAACAGUAAUUCUUAAAAAAAUAGUUAUAAAAAACACUAAAUGCUCACAAUACACACUAAAAUGGACAUUAUACAAAAUUUGAAAAAGGUUUUAAUACAUACUAAAGGAGGUUAACCACAUUAAAAAUGGUAACAAAACACACCUAAAAUGGUUUCAACACAUAUUUAAAAACAAUAACAGUAACACAUAAAAAAAUGUCACAAUACACUCAAAAUAAUUACAGUUACACUUAAAAUGGCUACAGUACACACUAACAAUCAGUGUAAAACAUAUUUAAAAUGGUUUAACACUUAAAAGUCACAAUAAGGUUAGGUUCUAUACAAAAAUGUUUGCAGUUAGACACUUAAAAUGGUUGCAUUGUAAACUAAAAUGGUAACAACAACGAGAUUACAUCAGACACUCAAAUGAUUUUAAUCCACACUUAAAAUAGUUAUGUUUUUUUAAAAACUCAAUGUUUUAGGUCCAUCUAUUGUGUUAUUUGUGACAUUUUUUUGCUUUUGUGACUCUGUAAGGCUGCUAAUUUGGCAAGGUCUCUUGCAAAAAAGAUUUUAAAUGUUGAUGGGACUUCUUGGUUAAAUAAAGGUUCAAUUAAAAAAUAUUCUGCCUAAAAUAUUUAAAUAUGUAUGAAUAAUGGGCAUUUUAGUAUCUUAAUCAUUCCCCAUGUUUCAUUCAUUUGCAUGUAGUAUUUUAUUUGCAUCUAAAAUGAAUUAAAACCAAACAAAAAAUUUAAUCAAAUAAAACAACAAAACUGCAAAGGAAAUAAAAAAAAGUACCACAUAAACCAAAUAGAGUAAAAAAGAGUAUGAGAUUCUUUUGAAAAGAAGUGAAGCAUCAGAAAUAGAAAAACACCUCCAAACAUAUCCAUGAUAUGAUUUAAGUUUAAAGCUCCUGUGAGGAACUUUCUGUUUGUGUAGAUUUUGGCGCCCCCUGCAGACAAGCUUUCACAUCCUGCUCUUUACAUAUGUAAGGAGGAACUUUUUUUUUAAUUUAAACUCAUAUCUCACUGUGAACACUUUUAUGUGGAAAGGGUGAAGAGAAACGCCAUAGACCAUCCAGUUUGACACCUACCCCCUUACAGCUACAAACAUUUAAAAUUUAAUGCAAAGAAAAUGUCUGUUUUAUAGCCACUGGUCUUGUUUGUUUUUGUGGGUCAUAAAGGGGCAUCACUAUUACAAUAAAUAAUGUCCAAUUGAACAAACCUGCAACAGUCGGGGUGCUUUAAGUGUUGAGGAGGAAAUACACUUAAUGUGAACUUACAGCAAUCCAGAAAUAGCUGAUAAAUUAUUUUAAGACAUUUGGAGGGGAGAUGCUCAUGCAGGGUACAUCAUACCACCAAUGAAAACUAUUAACAUUGUUUCAUGUGGAGUCAUAUCCUAUCUUCUGAUACUGAUAAGAGUGAGAUGACCCCGUGACCUGACCUGUGUUCAAUCAGCAGUCGAGGCAGGAGGCAAUCCAGCUUUCUGUGAUCUGUGUGUGGUACCUGCUGGGGCUUUUCUGAGAGUGUGUAUGUGUGCGAGUGUGUGCGGAGAGUGUGUGGGGGUGUCGGGUCAGAGAAUGUACUUUUCAUCCUCGCUCGCAUGGCGAAUGCCAAGCGGAAGGCGACAGAGGGUUACAGAUAUCCCUGAGGGGCCGGGGACAGUGCAGAGUAUUCAGUGAAUGUUUAAACCCCACACACUUUGAGGAAUUUCUGUGAUCUGUGAAACACGAGUCAAACUUUUGUCCUGUUUGAAUCCGGUGUGACCUCUCCUAACAGAGAAAGGGAACUUGAAGUUAGGUAUUUAGAUGCUCUGAUGACUGAUACCAGCUUAUUUUUCCUGGUACUGGUAUCUAAACUUAAAGGCUCUAUUUGGUGGGAGAUUCAAAAGAAGACAGGAAAAACAAAAUAUUGCACUCCUAAGCAAAAAGGUGAAUGGCUUUGAUGCAAUUUAUUUUCCCAGACCCAAGGCUUUUCUGCUGUUAUUAGAUCUUACAUAUAGCCAGACACACAAAUCAGCUCUGCAUGAUUUUAUUUCAAGAUAUUAAGCAUUUACAGUUUGAAAAGUGAGGGCAAGACCAGUAAUGGUAUCAUUAUCCCUAUUGGCAUCAGUAUCAGUAUUUGCAUCAGACCACUGGGGUUUUAGAACUAUUUGGAGGCUAUUGGAUUGCGGUAAUGAAUUUGGUAGCAGUGAUUGUAUCUGUUUUAGCACUUGUAUCCAUGCCAGUCUCAGUAUCUUUAUCUGUUUUGAGUCAAUAGAUUUUUGUCUUUGGAGGCUCAUAUAUUAAGUUAUUAGAUUUGUGCUCUUUCCAACAUUUUUACAGAUACAAUAUUUUAAAUUGAAUAUAGUCAUCAAAUACAAAUACUGUUAUCAUUAUUGUCCCUCUUUGUCCAUUCUGUAGGUGACUGCUGGUUGUCCAGUGAUAUGCGAGUGUCCAGCAGGGCCCCCGUCCUGUCCCCCUGGGGUCAGUUCGGUCCCAGACGGCUGCGGCUGUUGCAAGGUGUGUGCUGCUCAGCUCAAUCAAGAUUGCCAUGAAGGCCGACCAUGUGACCACCACAAAGGCCUGGAGUGCAACUAUGGCAACGAUGUGGGUCGUACCACUGGCAUCUGCAGGGGUAUGUGAACGGCACAGAGGGGGUAGGUAGAUUUAGAGAAGGAUGGGAGGAGUUUUUGGAUUUAGUUUGAGAACAGAGUUUCGGGUUUUUCUCGGGGUUGAGUGAGGGAAUGUGUAACUUCAGGGUGGGGAAUACGCUGCAGAGCCAAGCGGCUGGAGUUUCUCUUUGAUACGGGCUGCAGGUUUGAAGCUGGAGCCAUGGUUCAAAAACAGUGUGCCUUCUUGAGCUGCGACUGAAACCUAGCCAACUCCUGGAUUUAUAUAAGUAGUUGAGUGUGUACACAAACAUUGCCCAUGAAACGCACUAACACACAUGCACAUACAAUGGUAUUUUUAUAUGUGUGUUUAUUUGGGGGUGUUUCUAUAUAAAGGGGGAUAUCUGGGGUGUUGUGUGGGGAGACCCUGUAGGGAAGGAGGUGGUAAACAAGUCAAAAUACCUCUCUGGUCUAAGAAUAGUGGCUGCUUCACAAAUCUGGAGAUAGUGUGUCUCUCCAUGUCUCGUCUUAUCCACCUUCAAGGAAUAUUAAAGGUGCAUCAACUGAGACGCCUCCUCCUGUUUGCUCUUUGUUCUGCAUCUUAAAAGUAUUGUGAGGAGUUUUAACCAGCCAUGAAUCAGAAUGAAUUCAUACUGAUGUUUUUUUUAUAACUUAUGAAUGAAAAGCUAUUCUUGUGCAGUUUAUUUCAAAGCAUGCAAACAGUAAGACUCAAGUCUUUAUCUAAGGCAGCCACCGAAACCCAAGCAAAACUAAAUUUUCUCAUAGUUGCUGAAAGUUUUACAGUUUUACAAUUUUUCAUCUGAUCUAUAUGAAUUCUGUUCACUAGAGCAUUUUCUCUGACCUGUUUGUCUCCUCUUUUUUUUUCUCCAGCUAAGGCAGAGGGCCGAUCAUGUGAAUACGAUGGUCGGAUAUAUCAAAACGGUGAGAAUUUCCGCGCCGGCUGCAAACACCAGUGCACCUGCAUCGAUGGAGCAGUGGGCUGCCUUCCCCUGUGCCCCAGCCUUGUGCCAAUCGCAUCCCCCUCCUGUCCUGCCCCUCAGCUGGUCAAGGUUCCUGGCCAGUGCUGCCUCAGCAUCGACUGCCACAAAGGAUCCACGGUCGUGCCCCCAGUGCACCGACGGCCCCAGCCUCCAGCUUACCCGCCAUACCCCUUCAUCCCCUACCCGGCCUACCCUUACCCAAAGCCUUAUCCCAAACCUUUCCGAAAGCUUUACCCCUACAAACCCAAAAAGGAGAAGGACACGAUGGGGAACGAGCUGGUGGAGGUUGGACGCAAGUGGGACAAGACACGAGGGAACAAGCACCUUGCAGGUAAGAGAUCGCCACAAAGUACUGAGGGGUGUUAGGAUACCAGCUUUUCCUUUAUGAUUCAGGGACUUUGAGGAAGAUCUGCUGGUCUUGUGGAGUUGUAAACACUUGAAUCUGGACAAAAAAACAUCUUGAUACCUACUGGAUGGGUGGCAUUAGUGGUCUUCUGAUUUCAUUUUCAUAUUGGGCUUUUCAGGUUCUAUGGAAAUACCCCUAAAAGGAUAACAAUAUAUUUGGCACAGAAAUUCACAAUACCUGAAUUAAUCCUAGGUAAUGAAUUUCAAAGACUUUAAAAACCUUCUUACGAUAUAUGCCCGUUAAGUUGAUUUAAAGAUUGAAACAUUAAUGUCCUCACUAGUCAGAAUCAGACUCAAUUGGUGAUUGUUAAAUCAUCAUUCCUUCUAUUAUUGUUGGCUCAAAAUGUUGGUCACAAUUUGUCUACGCUUUAGCACAGCCUCUCUUUACUGGCCAGGGUUGCAUGCAGCUCUGGUAAAUGGUGACACAAUACAAGGUGAUUAAAAAAAUCAAGGGUUAAAUUAAAAAAUCAAGGGUUAAAUGCCUCGAUCCUAGAGAGGAUAGGAUAGUGCAAGGAGUGACAUGGAGAUAAGAGCUGCAGGCUGGAGUUCAACCCAAGCAGUCAAUUUGAGGCAUAAUAAGGUUUAUAGGACUGUUAGGCCAGUGGGCUCCGGAGAGGAAAAUAAUUCUGGAUCACAGCAAAGUUGUCUCUACAUCCAUUGAUUUUGCAGAUGAGCAGUGAUACCUCAAGUGGCACAUCAUUUGGUUUUUAUUAGUAUUUAGUUCAAGUGUUCGUCCAGACAGAAUUAAGGGAAGACCAAGAAGAAUACAUAACCCCUAACCCCUGUCUUCAGAGAAACAACAAAUCUUUACAUCAGUCACAGUUUCACUGAAUAUAUUCAUGUUAAAUCAGACCCAGUACGGACUCUUGUGGGACACCAUUUUGCACCAUUAAUGGUAUUAAAACGUGUCAUUAGCUGAAACACCCCCACAAACCGAAUUCUGUUAUGAGUAGUGGUGGUAUGGCGGACAACUCCUGAGUCUGUUUCCUCCGUACAGUAAAGCAUCAUGUUUACGUUUUAGCCAUUUUAGCCUCCUGACGCACAAACGGCCUCACUGUGAGCCUCCCCCUCUGCAUCUGCAUCUGUGUGUGUGCGUGUCAGCAUUUAUGUGAGGCUUGUUUUCCACUGGCUCCUUGCACACCAGAGGUGCUCUCACUCAUACACACUGCUCUCACACAGCACAUACCUCCGUCACCCAGCUUUCCCCUCUCUGUAAUCACCCUCUCUGUGCGUCAGUGUUGCCUGUUCAGUGAAUGAGGCUAGUGUGCUUUGCAUCUCUGGACCGCUCCUUUCCCCUCUCUCUCCUGUCGGCCCUUAUUCACCCAGGUUUACUUUUGCUGAUCUUUGGAGUUAUGUCGAUAUUUAUACCAGUAUCCAAAAUGCAUCUGAUGCCGCUGAAAACUGUGAUGUGGACUGACAGCUAGGGUAGCUGUCAACGUACCCAUAUGAAACCAUAGCUUAUGUGACCUUAAGGAGAUUAAGAGGUGUCAGGUAAAAUAUCAUGUCAUCAUAAAUAUCUUGAGUGUAGUGCAAGGAUGGAGUUCAAUGUUCAAAGCUGGAAAAUAACAGUAAUCAGCGUUUCCUCCAAUAAAUGUGACAAUUCUUUUAGCAGACUGGAACAGCAGGCAUGUUCAGAGACAGCCUACCCGAGGUAGUCAUAUCUAGAUUUAACCCCGGGAACAAAUUGAAGUAAAAUGCCCUCAUUAAAUUCAAUCUGUCAAUGAAAAUGCCAGAUUUAUAAACGUGUUUUGAGGAUUUUCCUAGACUAGGAAAAAACUAGGGAGGUUCUGAAGCGGCAGAUUUGCCAUUCAUUCUAACAUGAAACUACUGCUAAGAUAAGAUGAGAAAGCUCUCUGGUUACAGUCAAAACUGAGAUCUAUUUAUUCAGCACAGCUAAACACAGAGUCUGCUGGCAAACAAUGUUAAAUUAGUUUACCAAGUGUUGCUAACCUUAGCAGAGUCACCAACAACCUUCAGUGCCCCUUCAGAUUGACAUCUACAUGUCUGUGACACUUACACAUCGGUCCUGCUGAGUGGUUUUGUGCCAGUUUAACCACACACAGCAAACAUACAACUAUACUAAACUAUGUCCUGCUACAAGAUUGCAUCUGUCAACUGUGCUAUUUUACACACAGGUAGUAGAAUAGUAUAGAAUAAAAUGGUAGUCGAUAUUGAACGGCAUAUAUAUCUGGGCCAACAAUAAUGGAAAUGAUACUGCAUCCAUUCACAGUUGAUAUUAUAGUCUCAGUCUGUAUCUUUAUGUCUAUUUCUUAAUCACGUUGGUGACAGAGGAGUACCCAGAAUCUGCUAAAGUUUCAGUCUCUGUAUCUGAGUGAAUAUCCAAAAGAUAAAUGCAGCCCUAUAACACCCCUUUCUCUUUUCCCUCCUAGCCUGGACACAGUUGGGAGAUCAGUGUGUGGUUCAGACGACCUCCUGGUCCCAGUGUUCUCGAAGCUGUGGCAUGGGCGUCUCCUCUCGUGUCACUAACGACAAUGCCCGGUGCAAGCUGAUCAAGGAGACGCGUCUGUGCAACAUUCGGCCCUGCAGCUCCAUGUCUAUCCCCGUCAAGGUGAGGAAUGUGUUUGGGGAUUUUAAGAUUCUUUGGAUUACACUUCUUCCUCUUAAGACCCACAACCAUGCAGUCUAGCUACCAGGCUAAAUGGAUUCAGGACAGGACUGCUCUCAAGGGGUCAGAUUGGUAUUAAUAUCACGGCAUGUAUUCAGCCCCCUCUUCUGAAUCCUCCAGUAGCUGGAGCCUUUCUGGUCCAUCCUCUCUAUUCAUGGGUCUGUUGCUGUGUAGGGACAGUCCUAAAUCUAGUCAGUUAUAUUUAAUCAUUUUAAAGAUUGUGUACACUUUACUUAUUGGACACCUUUUCUUAAGAUGAUGAGACAAAUUUAAACACCCUUCUACUCAUUUUCUGGGCAAUAAAUCGGCACGAUGAGAACUAAUUAUGACAAGAAACGUGUUAUUUGACAUGUAAUUCAAUUUUAUGGUUGAACUCACAUCUUAUCUGUUUACCUGGUGGGAGUUAUGCUGUGUUUAAGUUACCUCGGAAGUCAGAUGCCCGAGCUGGGAUGGGAACGACGUCACACCCAAGUUACCAGUGUUUUGAUUACCAAGUCGGAAAGAAGCAAAAUCGGUGGCGGAAACAAGAUGGCUACAUCUACGAAAGUUAUUUUAGCACUUGCCUUGUCCUUCUUAUAUUCGGACAAGGCAAGUGCUAAAAUAACUUUUUCUGACUCGGUAACUGAAACGCUGGUAACUCGAGUAUGACGUAAUUCCCAGCUUGGACAUCUGACUUCCAAGGUAACUCAAAUGCAGCAUAAGUAAAGGGAGUUCCAACUGCUUUGGUUUCACUUUUGCAGAGCUGCUGCAACAUUGAUCUUUGAAUAUACAGGCAGUCUACUCUCGCUGAAAGUGGUGAAGAGAGAGAGAGGGAGACAGAUCAACAAAAAACAACCAACAGACAGACAGACGAAUAUAAAGGUGCAGAGAAACAGGUGGAUAACAACUCAGAUAUGAAGUACAAACUCACUUCUCUCCCACACAGAACCUGCGACACUCUGUGAGUCUCUGCUGUUUGAUGUAAAAAGCACUCGAUCGCCCACUCUGUUGCUCUCUCACAUUUUGUACCCGCCACCCUCAAAACAUUCUGCCUCCUGUCGUGAGCCACUCAUGCGCCUGAUGGGCUGUUGUGCACCUGUUUCUCUGCACUCUCCCGAUGUUUGCAGAGCAGCUGUGGGUGUUAAUGUGUAUCAGUGUCAAUCCUCUGCUAUUGUUGGUAUGCUGGUCUCUCUGGCACUUAUCUGUUGUUCUGACCUUUUAUUUUGCCUCUCCCUGCCUCUGCACUUAACUGGAUUACUUUUAUUUUUCAUGCUGCAGAGCCUGAGUAAUGAGUUAUUUCAUUUUGCCGUGUGGUAUGGCUGCUGAGAUUCCAGGCAAAUGACAAUGUGAUCCCGUCAGGCUUUCAUGGAAAGGAGUGUUUAUCUUCACCAAAGAAAAGAUUUAAAUCAUGCUUGCAGAGCAGCUUUAUGGAUGGCAGUGUGAUGACUCAGUCAAUAUAUCAUUUUGGUCCAGACAGAAAUAUCCCUUAAACUAUGUGUUGCCUAGAAUUUUAACAGAUGAGGUGUGGGUGCUGGGGUGUGGUGAUGCACAUAAUUGAGCAGAAAAGAAUAAAAGAAGUCGAAGUACCGAUUUUUUUUUUUUUUAGGUUAAAAUGAAAGAUUGCAUUCAGAUAUGUUAAGAUAGGAAAUGUUGUGCAACUUUAAAUCUGCUCUGACAUCAACAGAAAUGUUAGCUGGUUCACUUUUAUACAAGCUACUAUACUAUAUUUACUACUUACAAUAUUUCUCCAAGGAGCUGUUUAGCGUAUCAUGUCGUAUCCUAUUGCAUCGUGUCAUCUUAUUUAUCUAAUUGUAUUGUGUCCUUCAGUGUCGCUGUGGAAACAACAAAGUGUACCUUUGCGUAUCAUAUCACAUAUCAUAUCAAAUUAUGUCAUACCAUAUCAUAUAUCUCAUUCAAUGUCGUUGGACCAUACUUCAUGCUGUUGCGUCACAAUAGCAUAUAUAUUUUAUUUUAUUGCAUCCUAUCAUACUGACCUAUAUGAUAGCAUAUCAUAUAAUAUGGUAUGGAUGUACAUGAAGUGCCUUGUCUGCCACUUUUAUCACCCAUUUGGAUUUUUGGGAAGAGAGGCAACAUAAAGCGAUUGCUUAUUCCUCUAACACAGGUUUAAAAUAUGAACCACAGUGCUGCUAGCCUGACUCAGUUCUAUAGACUGUAUAUACUAUGGACAACUUGGUUCCGCCUCCCGCCACUAUAUGGAUUUGAAGCCAAAAAGCUCUCGGUAAUUCUGUGUUUUUUCUCCACUUCCUGAAACCAACAUUGCGCAGUAGCGUUGUGCGCAUUCAGCGGGAGAGUCGCGCCUCAAUCAGUGUAUCCCCCGAGUGAGCUACGCAAUCCCUGAACGCCAAUAGGCUGUAUCAGGUGUCUAUGUCUAUGUCUAUGGAGCUGUACAGAGAAAAGAGGACUUGAGCACAAACCUGUCCUACAGUAACUACAUGUCAACAUCACAAUCAGGGGGAAAAAAAUUAUAUUCUAUGUAAUAAAUUUCUAAAGUUUGUCCACAACUCCAAAAGGAUUGCCAGAGGAGGUUGGAUUUAUGACCUAUACUGCAGCCCGUCACCAGAGGGUGCUGUUCUCAGGGUGGCUUCACCCAACGAGGAGGCAGACGAAGUCCAUUCUAUAUACAGUCUAUGCUCAAUUUAUUGUUUCCACGUGAAUCCAUCUCUCUGUCUUCUGUUUCUCUCUACAGAAAGGCAGGAAGUGCUCUCGUACCCAUAAGGCCCCUGAGCCGCACCGCCUGUCUUACGCCGGCUGCAGGAGCACCCGCCUCUACAGACCCAACUACUGUGGCGUAUGCAGAGACGGCCGCUGCUGCUCACCCCGCCGUACGCGAACUGCGAGCGUCACCUUUGCCUGCCCUGACGGCGAACGGUUCAACAGAUCUGUGAUGUUCAUCCAGUCCUGCAAGUGCAGCGACGAGUGCAACCAUCUGAAUGAGGCUGCCAUGCCACCACAGCGAUGGCUCUAUGGAGACACGCACAAGUUCAUUGACUAACCCCCACCCCACAUUCCCUCUCACACCAAACAAGACCCCAAUAGUGAUCCCCAUUAUAGAAUAGCUGUCCUUAGUGUUUCUAUGAGUAGACACAAGCAAGGUGCACACGUCAAGACAUCUUUUCUGGAUGUUUGGGGAGGAAUGGGGAGAUGAAAAGUGAACUGGAUGAAGGUACCUCUGACUUAGAAGAGGGAAGUGGCCAGCCCGUGCUUUAGUGUAGAUUUAAAAACAAAAAGAUGUUUCUGGCCUUGCUGGACUUCUUUGGACUUUGACAAGUGGGAUGAAUCUAGCCACCAUGUUGCUGCCAUUCGCCAAAAGUCCCCUGAACUCUGAGACUUUGGGUUGGGAUGCUGGAAUAAAUAACAGUCAUUUUUCUCCAUUAAUGGUUUGGAUUCACACCUACAAGUCUGACUGUACAAUCAAACGUUGGUCUGGUAACGCUUUGGAGCCAAAAGUUCAACCAGCUGGAAUCCAAAAGUCCAUCACAUAAACCAAAUAAAGACUCACAAAGAAGACGAGGCAGCAAAGACUGGGAUCUGAUGGGAGAAAGAUGGAAAAAGGAGUGUAGCUUGUGUCUUUUUUGGUAUUUAUUCAUUGGUAUUUAUUGUUGAGACAGUGGCUGCUAUGUUUGGAGCUUCACAGUGGCUAGACGGGGACAAAACAGCUGAGAGCUGUCGCCCACACAGCGGGGGAGAAAAGGACUCCUACAGAUCUGGGGCUUGACCCCAGGUGUCAGACAGCCAUAUCUAAUGACAGAUGAUGAAGGCGACAGGAGAAGAGGACUUAUAGACUCAAAAAAGACUGAGUUGAACCUGCUUGGUCGGGGCUUUGUAAGCAUUAGCAGGGGAAUAUGUCAAAGGUUGUUUACACAGCUGAACUCGUCCCCUGCCUCGCCUCCACGAGACGCUGAGACAUUUAGCAAGCAUCAGAAGAACAAGCCUGGGAUUCUGGCGCCAAGAAGUCAACCGCUUAAUUCUGUGCAAAUUACUAUCCUGACUCAGAGGGGCAGUGAGAAAAAUUCUGCCACUCUCUUGUUUGCUAAAAAAGUCAAAUUUGAAAACUGAGAGAAGUGGAGUAAACAUGUAAUUUGUGACUCGUGGUUGGAAACGUUCUCGUGCUGAAUCUGGUCUGUAAUCCAGCAGCAUGACGGCGCCCUAAACCCCAAACAAUAAGUCAUGAUUCUUCAUUUCUGAGUAGGGUCUGUUUCUGAAAAAUCCUGCAAAAUCUGUUUCCUUUUGCAUUUAACAGCAGAGGAAUUUCAUCGACCCACAAAGAAAGGAGGAGGUGGUAGUUAAAGGUCAAUACAAACUUAUUCCUUCAGACAUUUGUGGCCAAAUUAGAUUACUUUAACAAAAAAAGUUAAGCUUAUUACCCGACUGGGAAUUCAGUUUAAGUUCAUGCACCUUAAAACAGGCUUGAUCCAUGACCUUUGCCCUCAUGUGAGGACUAUGUAAGGUCAUUUAAACUUGUUAUUCUCUAAUCUAGAAACAUUUCGACAUUUUUUUCUGUUGUGCCGUAACACGUUGAUUUCUCCUAAACUGGAAAAUAUCUUCAUUUUCAACCAUCUCUUGACUAAAGUGGGUUAUUCUUGAGGAGACUCGCAUGUCUGGAAGUUUGUUCAAAGAGUUUUAAACCUGACAAGAGUUUUCUAAAAAGUUUUAACUGUUUCAUUUGAAAUUUACAUUUGUAGAUGCUGUGGUUUUGGAACUGUAUUUCUAGUUUUGUCUACAGAUAAAUAUAGUGCAGCUAUGUACAGAUGCAUUAACUUCUUCUGUAGUUCUAUCUGCUGUAUAAGGGCCAGUCUUUUGCAACAUUAGUUCAUGUGUAGUUUAGCACUGAACCAGGCGGGGUUUAGAUUCUUUACAAGCAAUAGUAUCAACAUAAAGCAUGAUAACUGUAAAGUAUGUCUACUUGUGUUCAUUAAUACCACCUGUAAUGAUUGAGUGACGCUUUUAAGGUUCAGAAAAAAGAAAAGGCUCACAAAUUUUUCUCUUCAAAAAUGAAUGCCUGAGAAAAACAUUUUUAAUAAAGAAAUUAUUCCACCGAUGUA